AGGUGACAGGAGAUGGACAAACUGAUGUUUGACUGUCACUGAAAUGAUGAAGCUGUCAGUGUUGUUGCUGCCGGCCCUGCUGGCUAUUUCCUCUAGUGCUAGUCUGCAAGACAUCGUGAAGAAGAGCUCACAGAUCGGAAAAGUUCCAAUUCUGAACCCAGAUCUAGGGAACAGGAUUCCUCAAAUCACCACCAACGGAUCUUUGUUGGCUCUUCCGCCCCCUGCUGAAUUUGAGAACAGGCUGGGUCAAUCUUCCUCCUUUGUGUUUGGUGACUCCAACCUGAAAUGGCAGACCUCGUCUGGCUCUCUCCCGUCUGGUGCCGUUUCAAUUUACAAUGGAUAUGCCGAUCGCACCGACUAUGUCUGCAAAUAUGGGUGCUCAUCUGGCUUCUACAACCCCAACUGGAGUGGUCAUUACUGCUACUACCCCUUGUCAGGUAAAGAGCAUCGUGCCAGCUCAUUUGAGUUCCUGGUAAACAAAGACAACUUAGAAUUUUUAGAAUGGAAGGAUGGCUCCUGGGGUUCAGUGCCUCGCAAUGCAGUCUCCACAUGCGGAGACACAUAUGUUGGGAAGAACAAAUAUGGCCUUGGGAAGGUGAGUGUUAAACACGAGGCCUUCUUCCUUCCCUGGAACGGUAAGGAGCAUUGGUACAAGAGCUACCAGGUCCUGACCCUCAAUAAAGAAAUAAGCAGCGAGCGCAUUUCCAAUGUCAAUUACAACACUAAUGUUAAAGUCUUCCAGCAUCCUCCAGAGACCAUGACCAAGUCCAUCAUAUCCAACAAUGAGUGCAGCCCAGUUGUGAAAAGACUUGAGCUCUCAAAAACCUACAUGGAGGAGAAAAGGUGGGACACCAGCACUGCCAUCACGAGUGGGGUCAGUAGUAGCAUCACCGCCAAAAUCCCAUUCAUCGGCUCUGCAGGUAUUGCGCUCAGUGUUGAAACAACAAAGCAAUUCUCAAGAGGAACCACUGUGGUGGAGUCGAAAACCUACUCGGUCUCUGUGGAGCAAACUGUUCCACCAAACCACUCCUGCAGUGUCAGUAUGGUGGGAUAUAAGUAUAAGGCAGACAUCCCCUACACAGCUCGCCUCAGCCGCACCUACAGAAAUGGGAAGACGACAUGGGUGUACAUCACUGGGACCUACAAGGGAGUCGAUGUUGGAGAAGUCCACUCUGUUGUGGAUCGCUGUGAACCUAUACCCAAUUCCAAACCUUGUCCCUGAAAGAAAAAUUUUAUCUUAAGAUAUCUGACAUAAUCAAUGUUAAAUAUUGGUGAAAAUGAUAAAUGUACUAUACUAAUUCUAGUUAUAAUUGGCUGGGCAACAGGAUAGGUUUUAGGAGUGGUGAAGAAGGAGUCCAGAAAGCUCCCCUGAGAUGACAUAUCCAAUGAUUUCAGCAGAACACUGAAAAAUGAGUAACUUUUCACCACAGAGAGCAGAGAACAUAAUAUGGUAAAGGGCUUUUUCAUGUUGAGCUUUAUAUUUUUCUCUGUUAAGUCCCAGUCAGUAAUUUUUGGAACGUACUGUAUAUGUUGCAGUUAUAGUAAAAAUACAAUGAUGAUGAGUUUUUGUUUGUUUUAUUACAAAUGAAUGUAGGCUUGCAAUAAAAUGAUUUAUAUAUGUAAGGAAUUGUAUUGUUACCUCUGUUUAAUGAUAAGAGGAAGUUAAGCCAUAGAGCUUUUAUUGUGAAGGGGAAAGCAGAAGUGUGAAAUGCUGUGAUAAGUUUCCAUUGAUUGUGUUUUUGAUUAAUAUCUGAACCGAGACAGCACUGCAUGUCUUCUCUUUUAUUAAAGCUUGUGUUUUCAUUUUAUAGUUUCAUAGUAUAGUAUAUAGGUGACAUACAAAACCCUUUGUUACAUAUGUGUGCAUGUAUGAGGAAGCAUUUUUCUGAUUCUUGAAUGAUUAUAAUAAAUACAGUGGCGAAUCGGGUGAUUUACUGAUGUAAACAAACCUAUCAUCAGCAACAGAAUACAAUAACAACUUCAUAGAUUUAGUUUUUGUACACUGUUAGUCCAUAACGGUCUUGUGAAUCAAAUUAAGCGCAACUGAAGACAAUACACAGCCUCUUUUGGUUACUGAAGCAUGAGGAGGAAGAGCUGUAUGCACUGUGAAGGGGAUCAAGCCUUUGCUGUUGUGGAACAGCAUCGCUGUAAGACGUGCCCCCACAAUUUAAUUUUAAUCCCACCACAAAGGCAAUUUUAGGCUUUUGGACCUGCAGUGUGUGUUUCUUCUGUGAUGCUUGUUUUCUCACAUGUGAUUUUUAGGCUUUUUAGAAAAGAAGGGAUAUACACCAUUCAUAUGGACGCUUCGAUCAGUGAUAUAGAAAUUGAAAUUGAAAAUUAUGUUGUUUUAAGAAAAGAUAGAAAUCGUAAUGGGGGAGGAGUAUGUGUUUAUAUUACGGCUGAUAUUUGUUUUAACCGCAGAAUGGAUUUAAAUCAUGAUCUUAUUGAAGCUGUGUGGUUUGAUGUACAGUUAACUAAAAGUAAGCCUAUUUUAAUUGGGGCUCUGUAUAGACCUUGUAUGAUCCAUGUAGUGAUUUUAAGGGUGAGGUUAUAAUGAUAGGUGAUUUUAAUACUGAUGUUUCUAACAAAAAUCAUGGGAUGUAUAAAGCCUUUAAUAGGUUUUGUCAGGUUCUGGAUCUACAGCAAAUAAUUAAAGAGCCCACACGAGUAGCUAAAAUGAGUCAAACGGUCAUUGAUCUCAUUUUGGUAUCAGAGCAAUCUAUGAUUUCUCAGAGUGGGGUUGUAAAUUGUACUAUAAGUGCCCACUCAUUAAUUUAUUUUUCAAGGAAAAAAUUUAAAGUUGCAUUGAAGAAACAAAACACAAUUAAGAUCAGGUCAUUAAAAAAACAUAGUCGUGAGGUUUUUAUUGAGUGUUUUAAAUCACUGAAUUGUCCUCUAGUGUUAUGUUUGGAUGUUGAUGAGGCAUGGGAGCAGUUUAAACAUUUGUUCUUAGAGGCAUUAGAUAAAGUUGCUCCUAUAAAAACGAUUCGAGUAAAACUGAGGUCAGAGCCAUGGAUGAAUGAUGAUAUUUUAGAAGCAAUUACUAAUAGAAAUAAAGCCUUUUCUGUUUUUAGGAAGAGUAAAGAGCAAAUUGACUUAAGUUAAGGAAUAUGGUGCAAAAGAUGAUUAAAAUGUGUAAAAGAGACUUUUUUCAUGAUAAAUUAACUGAGCAUUAAGGUAACCCAAAGAAACUUUGGCAGUCUUUGAAACAAAUGGGGUUCAGUAAUAGACUUAAGACAAAGUCAAAUAAUAUUUGCCUUAAUAUUAAUGGGGAGUUCUCUUCAAAUCAACUAAAGGUUGCGGAUAAAUUUAACUCAUUUUUUUACUACUAUAGCUGGACACUUAGUUGAAAAAUUACCAAGAAAACCAGGGUUAUAUGAUGGUGAGGCCAUGUCUAAGUAUUACUCUAAGCUUGGAGUUGUAGCAGACUCUUUUUGCCUUUCUAUGGUUUCACAGGAUGAGGUAUUAAAGUUAUUGAAUGAACUUAAGUGUUCGAAGGCAAUUGGUCUAGAUGAAAUACCGGCCAGAUUUUUAAAAGAUGCUGCAGAAUUUAUUUCUCCAUAUCUCACUCAUAUUUUUAAUCUUUCAAUUAUGUCAGGUAGAUUUCCGAAAGAUCUGAAGCUUGCUAGGGUUGUUCUGCUAUAUAAAAAAAGGGAACAAAUUAGAAGAGGGUAAUUAUAGACCAAUUUCGAUUUUGGGAGUCGUUUCAAAAGUCUUGGAGAAAAUAUAUAAUUACAUUAGUAAUUCUGAUUUGUUUUAUGAUUUGCAAUCUGGUUUUAGAACAUCUUAUUCUACAGAUAAGUGUUUAUUAUAUCUAACAGACUAUUUAAGAAGAGAGAUCGAUUUGGGUAAACUUUGUGGCAUGGUAUUGCUAGACCUCCAGAAAGCAUUUGACACUGUUGACCAUCAGAUCUUGCUGAUCAAACUAAAAGCCCUAGGUUUUAACAGUAUGGCAUGUAAUUGGAUUCGAUCGUAUUUGACUGAAAGGCAUCAAAGAGUUGAUAUUAACUGCACUCUAUCUGAGGCAAGAGAAAUAACAUGUGGGGUGCCACAGGGUAGUGUCCUGGGUCCAUUGUUCUUUCUCUUGUAUAUCAACGAUAUGAAAUCUGUUUGCAAUUGUAAUGUAGUGAAUCAUCUCUAUGCGGAUGAUUCAGCCUUGGUGUUCUCCAAUAAGGACAUAAAAGUUAUUGAGAAUCAUUUAAGUGAUGAGUUACAAAAUAUAAGUGAAUGGCUGAUAGAAAACAAACUGUCUUUGCAUUUGGGGAAAACUGAAUCUAUUUUAUUUGGUUCUGAAAUAAGGUUGAGUAGGACUCCUGAGCUUUAAAUUUCUUUGGGUGGUAUCCAGAUUGAAGCUAAGAAUUGUGUUAAAUAUUUGGGCUGUGAUUUAGACAGUUCUGUGAGUGGAGAAAGUAUGAGUCAAAAGGUUGUCAAAAAAGUGAACCAAAGAAUAAAAUUCCUGGCUCGUAAGGCUCAGUUUCUAAAUAAAGAAACUUUAAAAAUGUUGGCAAAUGCUUUAAUUCAGCCACACUUCGAUUAUGCCUGUACUACAUGGUACAGUAGCACACCCAAGAGGAUAAAAGUUCAACUUCAAACGGCACAGAAUAAAUUAGUCAGGUUGAUUUUAAAUCUCAACUAUAGAGAACAUAUUGGCUCUUCUGAAAUUAACAAAAUUAAAAUGGCUGACAGUUGAAAACCAAGGGGGUAAGCUUCGCUUCUGAACGCGAACCUCCGAUGGCGCCAUUUUGUUGCUACAAAGGUAUCAC